UGGGGAGCGCAUGGGAAUCUUUUUAAGCAUUAUUUCUUGCUUUCCUUUUCUUUUAUCUAACUCUUUAUUUUUCUCUUUCUUUUAUUUUUCUAUGUUUAUGAAAAGACAAAAGAGAACCCCAUAUUUCGCCGAUAAGGCUAAAAAUUGACGUUUUGCCUAUAAGUCUGUUGGCAAAACGUCUAUUUUUACCCUCAUUGGCAAAAUAUGGUUUUGGCAAAUGAUUUGCUUCGAGUUUAACUUCUCUUUGCUAUAGAAAAUUUUUUUGCAAAUUUUUUUUAAUCUUUCUAUUUUUUAUUUAAGAGAUUAAUGGAACAAUGACUAAAUUAUGAAUGAAAUAAAUUACGAAAAGGCACACUUGCAUUGGAGUUCAGUAACCAGCAAUGUGGAUGGAAUGCUUGGUGGUUUUGAACAGUUGCAUUCAACAGAUAUAAACACUUCAAAGCAAUUAUUGGAUUAUUUGAUCAAAAAGUUUUUAAAAUCCUACGUGACUCUUAAGGAACGACCGUUAUUAUUCGAGGUUAUUUUUUCGAUGCUAGUUUCAUUUUUGGUUUCAAAAAUUAUUUGCGGACAAGACUUGCGGAUUUUCAGAAAAAAUUUUAGUUGGGAAAAUUUUAUUUCUACAUCUAUCAUUUUAAUUCAAUUUUAUAUUUUCUCGAUUUUACAGCAACUUUUAACCAAAUUUCAACACGCAUUAGACUGUGGAAGUGGAAUUGGACGUAUAACAAAACAUUUGCUUCUUCCAAAAUUUAAUUAUGUUGAUAUGGUUGAUUUUGCUGAAACGUUUAUUGAACAGUCAGAGAAAUAUAUUGGUUCUGAAGGAAAUUCUCGUGUUCAAAACAAAUUUGUCGAAUCUCUUCAUACCUUCAAGCCAACCCCUAAAUAUUAUGAUUUGAUUUGGAUACAAUGGGUGACUGGACAAUUGUCGGAUGAUGAUUUGACUAAUUUUCUGAGGAGAUGUAAGAAAGGAUUAACUAAAAAUGGCUGUAUUAUUAUAAAAGACAAUAUAACAAGUCGAGAUGAAGAAAGAAUUUUUGAUGAAUGCGACAAUUCUUGGACAAGGCCCUUAAAUGAAUUACGACCAUUAAUUGAAGCUGCUAAUUUAAAUAUUGUUUUGGAGAGAAAGCAACUUUUCUUUCCUAAAAAUAAUUUUCCGGUUUUCAUGUUCGUCUUAAAACCUUCAGAUAUUAUUUGAUUUUCUUUUGCAGAAGAAUUUAAGUUUAUUUUUCGUUAAUUUUGUUUAAAUCCUCCUCAAUUUCCUUUAGAAUUUCUGAGAUAUCCUUGCCGUUUAGAAUUCUCAAAAAUCACAAAAAAUUUUGCGCACAUAAAAAAAUCCGCAAAAAUUUUUCGCAGAAAUUUUU